AUGGCGCAUGGCGCCUCGUCCUCGCCGCCGCCCCCGCCAUUCCGCCAUCUCUCCUCCUCCUCGCCGCCGCCGCAGAACCAGACCAACAUCACCACCGUCACCAUCACCGACUCAUCUUCGCCCGGCCUGCCCAGUCCCUCCUCCUUCUUCACCAAGCACCCCGUCCGCCAGGCCACCGGCCUUACGACUGCUGCGAGUGUACCAACAUCACAUCAAUCAGAAGCACGGCAAAAUGGCACAAAAGCAGAUGAAGAAAGAGCUGGAGACCUCUCGAAUGACAACAAGGCAGCAACAUUGCCGAAGGAGGAGCAGCAGCCAAAGCGCGCACUAGGGAGGAAGUCACGGAGGCCAUUGGCCAAAUCAGCAUCAUUUGUGCUGAACUCCGAUGAUCUUGCUUCCACACAAUUUGCAGGUCUGGAUGCCACCCAAGUGCAGGGGAAGAAGCAUGGAGAUGAGCCCGAGAAGCCCAAACGAGCACCCAGGAAGCCGAAGAAGUCUGAAGAAGAGCCAGUAUCCAAGAAGCAGGUCAGGAGAAAAACCGCCAAGCAGUCUACCUACUUUGAGCAGCCAGCAGUGCCUCAAGAAGACUCUACAACUGGAUUGAGCAUCGCAACCAACGCAACUGUACCCUCUCCUUCUGACCCGGCAGCUACACCUGUUCGAGCACAUCGACGCAGAUUGAGCUGGACUCCGGCCAAAAACACAACUUCUGCAUCUGCCAACUUCCAACCAGAGACUUCAGCAUUCGCGGAUUCUGAAAACGACGAUCGGCCAGCUCUGUCACUUGCAGCUGUACUCGGAGAUCUCGCAUACGCCAAGAAUGACAACACAAUCUCUGAGAGAUCUGCGUCAGGCGAGGCACUGCUAAAGCGCCGGCGCAUAGAGCUUGCGGACGAAGCGACAACGGCACCAAAAUCACGAAAGCGUUCAGACCCUGCUCCAGUGAAGGCCAAAGAGAAGGUGAAAAAGGUGAAGGUACCAAAGAAGAAACCACAAACAAUUACCGAGAUUGCGACAAAAGCAUACAGAAGCGAAGAGAGUCCUGCAGCUCCACAAGCAACAGUGUCAUCCUUCUUUGCAGCACAGGACGAAGAUAGCAACAGAGCUCCGCCCGCAGUGCACGCUGACGAGACAACUGUGAAGUUGAAGAAGCCUCGAAAGCCACGAGAAAAGAAAGUCGGUGAUGAUGCAAAGGACGCAAAAAGCAAAAAGGCCGUCAAGCCCAAAGCGAAGGCGAAAGUUCGGUUCAACGAAGACGACAGAUUCGGAGAGCUGUAUGAGCCAGAGAAAGCACGCCUCCAGGAGAAACAGCAGGACUUUCUAUUCGGCACGUCGAGCCAGCUUGGUACAAAAGAGUCACCAACCUUCAUCAGACACAUGCAACUUGCAUUGAGCGAGUCCGAAGUCAUGUCAACAGAGCAUGCUAACGUCAGCCCGAUUCGCAAGAGCUACAUCAGAGUUCCGACUGCACCGCAUGGUACAUCGUUAUCCUGUGGGCAAGCAACGCGAGAACUGUGGUGUUCAGCUGCUAGAGAUCAUGAGAACGAAGUCCUUGCUGCGGAAGACAGACCCCCCGCGAAGCAAACUCUUUCCAAUGAUGCGCCACGACGAGUACACCCUGGCUUGCAACCUCCGGCCGCAGCUGAGUUGAAACCCUCUCAACAUAUGAAGACGUCUGCGCCAGAAACUUUACCACUUGAUGAGCAAAUACCGGACCUUGAUGACGAGAUCCUGCCCGAGCAGACCGAGACUGAUGUCGUAGACUUGUGCUACACAUCGCCGGUUCCUGCUAUCGACACAGCAGAUCCACCACUCGAACCGCUUCUGACAGAAGAGCUGCCCGAAGAUCCUGCAUCACCUAUGGCGGCAGACAAUCCUUCGUGUGCUCCGCAUGUUGCCUUGGAUGAGGAUUGGAUGAUGCUACGAAGUGGAGACUCUAGCUCGGACGUGCCAUUGAGCAGGCGUGAAAGUAAACCAGCACCAGUUUUGAAGCCGGUGCCACAGCUCAAACGUUCUACUGCUUCGCCAACACGAGACAGAUGUGCACUGCAAGCACUGGACGCCAAUGUCUCUCCAGGAAUGCGUACAUCUCCGCACAAAGCAUCUUUGCUGAAGCCAUUAUUUCCAGCGAACACAAAGGCUCACCAGAAGAUUUCGAGAACGCGACCAAAGAAGGCCGCGAAAGCUGGCAUCUCCCCAGAACAAGGACUCGAGUGCUGCAGUCCGAAUGCCGAAGUGGAAUCACAACCUCUGCCUCAGGCUUAUCGACAUAGUCCAAGCAAGAUCUUCUCGGCCUCUCAGCCAAUCGCAUCGUCAGAUUUUAUCAACAUCGACGAGAUCUCUGACUCGGAGCCUCUCAAUACUCCCUCGCCUCCUCGAAGACGAGCUACCUCGACGCCGUCCAGAGUUCGUCCUCUCGAUCUGAAAGUUGUAGCUUCGCCUUCAGUACAAGCUAGAUCCAAACCCAAAAAGACUGAGCCCAAGGACACUUUAGCGCCUGCUCUAGCAUGGUCAAAGCUGAAACCCGACGAUGCUACAUGGAUUGCCGCCAUGCCGAUACUGUUCCCACAGAUUACAGCGACAGUCAAAUCUACAGCCCCGAGCAACGACAUGGCAAAGCCUAGCUGGUACGAGAAGAUACUGUUGUACGACCCGAUUGUGCUGGAAGACCUUACCGCUUGGUUGAAUGAAAGAGGUGUGAGAGUGGAGACGAAGCAACUCAAGGCUAGGCCGAAAGUCAAAACCACCAAGAAGAAGAAGAAGAAAAAUGAGGCCGAGUUGGAGGUGGAACUGGUUGAAGAAGCAGCUAGUGCUGUCGAUGAAUAUGAAACUGUGCGAGAACUCUUGAAGCCCUGGAUGGUGCAAAGGUGGUGUGAAGACAAGAGCAUUUGCUGUCUGUGGAAGGAAGGCUUGAGAGGUGGUGUCCGGACUAGGUAUUAG